CCUCUUCUUCUUUCCCCCACACGGCCACACCCCCGGCCCGCACCCCCACGCCAACCCCCCAACCCUCCUCGCAGCCUCGGAGCCGGAAGAGAACCACCACCAGCACCAGCCAUGGGCGGCGGCAACGGCCAGAAGGCCAAGAUGGCCCGCGAGAGGAACGCCGAGAAGAACAAGGGCCCCAAGGGCAGCCAGCUCGAGGCCAACAAGAAGGCCAUGAACAUGCAGUGCAAGAUCUGCAUGCAGACUUUCAUCUGCACCACCUCUGAGGCCAAGUGCAAAGAGCACGCAGAGGCGAGGCAUCCCAAGAACGACCUCUUCCAGUGCUUCCCACACCUCAAGAAUUAGUAAGCAGCAGCAUAUGCCUGCUCUGACAAGAAGCGUAUGCUCUUUCAUCAAAACCACAGAGAGGAGAAAACUUUCGUGAUCCGCAAGUAGUAUUGUCAUCAUCACCAUGUAUUAUGGGUCUGAACUGCUGUUGCAGCUGCUGCUUCGGUUGUGUUUGCCCCAUCUAUAUGUAAUCCUUCGCUGUCAGCCUGUUGCGCUACAACAUCGAUUGUGUGUGGAUUUGUGAAUGCCCGUGCUUGCUCAGUAAUUUUACUGUCUUCUGUGCUGUGGAA